UCUAACCCAAUUCACGUGUCAGAAAAAUGGUUCGCGUCCUCCUCACGGGUGGCAAUGGCUUUGUUGCCAGCCACAUUCUUGAUGCCCUCCUGAGUAAUGGACAUUCCAUAACGAUUACGGUUCGCAGCAAGGAGAAAGGUGACCAAGUACUCGCACGAUACAAAAAUACUACUAAAGCCGAAAUCGCCGUUUGUGUCAUCCCCGACUUUACCGCACAUGGAGCCUUCGAUGAAUGCCUUCAAUCAAGCACAAGCUUGGACGUGGUCAUGCAUGUCGCCUCACCUUUCUAUUAUUCGGCGACUGACAUCAAGCGAGAAUUGCUGGACCCGUCUAUUGUCGGCACCACAUCCUUACUAACAGCGGUUUGCGACCACGCCCCAUCAGUCAAAACCGUGAUCCUCACCUCCUCCUUUGCUGCAAUCCUGAACAGCUACAAGCCCAACACUAUUCCACAGCACACGUACACCGAGUCAGACUGGAACCCGCUUACCAUGGAUGACGCCUUUCAAAAUACAUUGAACGGGUACCGGGCCAGUAAGCUCUUCGCCGAGCGUGCUGCCUGGGACUUGAUGGAUGCUCGGAAGCCCGCUUUCUCCCUCACAACAAUCUGCCCAACGCUAGCGUUUGGUCCCGUCAUUCAACCUCUCUCUUGUCUGGAGGAGAUAAAUAUAUCAAGUCAGCGCAUCUAUAACUUCAUCUCGGGGGCCUACAAAUCGCAGAUUCCAGACACAGGCGUGUCUUUCUUCCUCUGGAUCGACGUGCGGGAUUUGGCUGUGGCGCACGUGAAAGCCAUGGAAGCUCAGCUUACCGCGCGAGGGAACAGAAGGUACCUUUUGACAGAGGGAUACUUCACCAACCAAGACAUCUGUAAGAUCAUUGGAAGGUUGUUCCCGGAGUAUCAAGAUGCGCUGCCGAGCUGCGAGGGAGAGGCUGGUGGGUACCCGAAGGAGGGUGUUUAUGGUUUUAACAAUAGUCGGGCGACGGAGGAGUUGGGAUUGAGGUACAGGACACUGGAGGAAAGUGUAGUUGAUACCGUGAGAUCGUUUAAGGAUGUGCAGCGAGAGUUGGCCCGAUUGGUCAGGAACUGAUGUGAUGGCCCCUGCCUUUGGCAGGCAACGAGUGUGGUUAUCAUUCUAACUAAAGAUAUAGCUUAUGAGAUAAAAGAGAGGGGAUUUUCUUCUUACUCAAGGUUUCCAGUCGGUAACGGGGCCCAUUACGACUUUUAGACCAAUCAAGGCUCUAGAAAUUGACAUGGAUUUUCGACACUCGUAACGGGCCAUAGUUAGUAAUUUACACUACGCGUCCUGUCGUGUUCUGCGCUAACCCCGGGUUUAAUUAGCUUAAUGAUUUCUAUAUAUAGAAUAAUGCAAAAUCAACUCUGCACCCUGGCAUUAAUUAACUCUGCUAGGUUUAAAGUAGGUUAGUAAAAUUAACUAUCUCUUUAAGCGGCAUAAGGCAUCC